UAAUCAUUGUAAUCCACCCGAGUCUACCAUAACCUCAAAUUGUAAAAUUAUACUUGCACCGUCAAUGCGCGAUUAUUUGACUGAUAGUACGAUAAGUUCUGGUGUAAUUAAUAUUUAUUUAUCUAGAUUUAUUUUUGUCGCAUCGAUUUUUCUAUUCGCGCGACGAUGACAGUCGAGAAUGAGAAAGCGGACGAAGGAAAAAGGAAUGAGAACGGUGCUGGCGGAGGAGCGGCCGCGGACAACGGCGAUUUAUGGGGAUCUGAUAUGUAUCCGGAGAGGAGAGGAGCGAAAUUGAAGCGUAACUGGUGGAAGUGGUUAAUUGGCGCUCAGGGACGAGAAUCAAUAGACAAAAACAAGUGCGAAGACAAUGUUUAUAGAUGUAUAAAAAAGAGUCCUAUAAUAAAACUUAUGAUGGGAGCACUGAAGAGUUCUGGAUGUGAAAUAGAUAUUCGGCGACAUAUUUCUUGUGAGGUGUGUAAUCCGAUAGUAACUGGUGGAUACGAUUCAGAAUUUAAUCAGAUAGUUGUCUGUCAAAAUUCGGCGAGUAGUGAAAGCAUGGUUCGGGGAGUUCUUUUACAUGAAAUGAUUCAUAU